AUGGUGAAACUGAUGACUGUAAUGACUGAUGAGAGGCUGGAUCUCUCACAAGAACUUCCAGACCUGCCAGUAACAAUUCAGGCCGGCACCCUUGAGGACAACAGUGAAAAACGAGAAGAAACAGGAUCUCAAGAGGAAGGCACAAUCGCAUCUGAAGGAUCUAACGUUAGCUGGGUGAUCUUCAGGGUGGCGAUCAAACUCGCGGCUCGGGAGCGAAUCUCCUCAUGGGGAGAGUGGCCCAGUGGCACUGGCAUUCCAAUGGAGAUAGCAAUGAUGAGGAAGGUGCGCUCCGGCUGCAGUGCCAUCAUCCAGCUCUUCGAUUGGUUUGAGCUGCCCGACUGCUUCCUGUUGGUGCUGGAGCGUCCAGACCCAUCGCAGGAUCUCUCUGGCUUCAUCGAAGAGUGGAGGUUCUUGCCCGAGGAUCUGGCGCGGGGCAUUUUCAUGCAGGUGCUGGUGGCUGUGCGGCCCUGCCAUGGCUGCAGUGUCUUGCACCGAGACAUCAAGCCCAAAACCAUCAUUCUCAACCUGGCCACUGGAGAAGUCAAGCUCACUGACUUCCGUUGCAGCACCCUCCUCAGGGUCGCGGUGUACACCAAAUUUAGUGGAACAUCUGUGUACUACCCACCAGAGUGGUUCCGCUACCACUGGUACCACGGCCGUCCGGCGGUGAUCUGGUCCUUGGGUGUGCUGCUGUAUGAGAUGGUUUGCGGGGUCGUCCCCUUCCGGCACUGCAAGGACAUCAUCCACGGGCAGCUUUUCUUCCGCAGCAGGUUCUCCCCAGAAUGCCAGCACCUCAUCAGGUGGUGCUUGUCCAUGCGCGCUUGUGACAGACCAUCGCUGGAGGACAUGUUCAACCACCCUUGGCUGCAAAGAUCCUCCUGCCCCAGGAGACAGCCACCCUCCACCAGCACAGCCUGAGCCAGCAGCUGGGCA